UCACUUUACAUCCUGUGCUGCAAACAAUCCAUCUCCUCCCCACCAUCCAACACAUUUGUUUACCAGCCAACGAAAGCAGCCAUUAGCAAUUGCGAGACAGCAAGAAUUCAGUUGUUCCGGUCUCCUCCGUCUCUGUCUUCCACCUCCAUAAGCAGCUAGUGCGCGUGUCUGUGGCAAAAUCGUAACUCACACGUCUCGUGGAGUCAAAAUUUCUGAAGUUCAGUCAGAUCCUCAAUUCAUACAGAUUCCCUUUUCGUUGUGCUUCACAUAUCCCAAAUUUCGGUCAGUUCUCCAAAUUCAUUGUUACAUGCUUGGAAGAUCUGAACAACGGACUGAACAUUUCAGACAGAUUUCGCUUUACUUUCCCGAUUAAAGUUCGUCAGCCAUCAUUGCGACGGUCAAUCUGAUUAUGGGCUUGAACAACGACGAGUCUCGAAGUACAGAAGCGAUCAGUAGUCAGCGGCUACGUUCCCAGCGGAUUGAGCUCUCAGUGGCUUUGCCAUUUGAAAUUAGCAGCGAGAUGGCUCUCACAGUAGAUUCUGGAAGUCCCCCACAAUCCCACGCUUCAAACACUGCAACGGUGGCAUCUCAUUUUGUAAGCUUGUCUACAAACACGCGAGAGACGGACGUUCCGAGGACGACACAGCAGUUCUUGGAAAAUGAGAGCCGGCAUCCAAUGAAUCUUCGCAAUGGCUCCAACGAUCGGCCAACAGUGGAAGAUGGAUCACCUCCAUUAUCUCCCCAGCGACCAUCCCAAAGUAAUUCGGACCUUCAUAAUCAGUUGAAGAGAACACGAACAGAAAUGGAGCACAUGAUAGAUGAGAACCAACAGAUGAGGAAGGUUCUCUCGCUGAUGACUGCGGAGUAUAAUGCUCUCUACCAACAAUUGGUUACAACUGUUGCCCUGCAGCAGCAGCAAGGAAAAACGGAGAAAUUUUCGCAGCUCAGUCAGGUUCCGUUAGCGACAGCACUAAAUGUAGAAGUUGUGCAAGGCAAUGGACAACGAGCGAGUCCACAGAGAAGUUUCACCGAGCAUUCCUCCCACUCAGCAGGAAGUGAGCGGUCCCGAAGCGCCACACCCACUGGCAGCGCUCAGGUGUCUUCAAGAUCGCCAGGAAGGUCCAAGCACGGUGACAAACAAACGAGUCCCUUGAGAGUAAAAUUGGAAGACGAUACCAAUCAGAAAAUCAUUGUGCAAGCACUUCCCACAGUCAUGCCUAUGGAUACGGACAAGGCUGCAGUGAACAUGUUCCGAGCAUACAAAGAAGAGUCCUCGUCUCAGGCAAUUGACGCCUCAAACCCAUCAGAAUCUCCUGAGCUUGGAUUUGCAUCAGAAGCACGGGAGUCCGCAUCACAGGACGAGCCUUCGGUAGCGGAGCAGUUAGAGCAGAAUGGUUGGCCUCCAAACAAGCGGAUGAAAUCUGUUUUACAAGAUACUUCAGUUCGUAAUGCCCGUGUAUCAGUACGAACUCGAACAGACGCACCCACGAUGAACGAUGGAUGUCAAUGGCGCAAGUAUGGACAGAAACUGGCCAAGGGAAAUCCUUGUCCCCGGGCUUAUUACCGGUGUACUGUAGCCCCAGGAUGUCCCGUGCGCAAGCAGGUACAGCGGUGUGCAGAAGAUCGAUCUAUAUUGACCACGACAUACGAAGGCACACAUAGUCAUCCGCUUCCAGCAGCUGCCGUGGCUAUGGCGUCCACCACCUCUGCUGCAGCGGGUAUGUUGCUUUUAGGAUCCACUUCAAGCAGUGACAGGGCAGAGGGAUUGGGCAGUGACAACUCCUUCAACUUGGGAACUCACUCCAUGCCGAUCAUAUCUGCUUCAGCACCCUUCCCAACCAUUACUUUGGAUCUGACCAACAAUCCGGCUGCUAAUCAAAUGCACCUUGACGCUGCGAACGGAAAUCGGCAACCUUACACUUUUUCCAUGGCACAAAAUGGUAUACAGAUGCAUGCGCCUUCCAUGAUGGCUCCAGUUCAGUCUUCUUAUUACGGGGCAGCGAAGCCUCCAUCCGGCACUUUUCAAAUGUAUUCAGGAAAUCCACUUAUGGUUCAAUUCCAAGGUGGCAAUACUGCUCGAGGACCGCAGUUACUGGCGGACAGUGUCACAGCCGCAACAGCAGCCAUCACCUCUGACCCGAAUUUCACUGCGGCGCUGGCUGCUGCUAUUACAUCCAUUCUGAGCUCUCAACCUAACAACCAGCUGGCGGCAACUAACAGUUCGAGCUUAGGAGAAGCUCUACGAGGUGCGCUCUCUAGCCAUGGGUUACCGAUCACUGCUGCCAAGAAAGACACAGCAUCGCGAUCGACGUGAUCUCAAUCUGAAUCAACCGUUUGGGUUGAUUCAUGAUGAGAUAUUGGAGUCCAUGAUCAGUAAAUGCAUCAAAUGAAGUUGCUCAGGAAAGCGAGCAGACAUAUGGUGUUGGACUGUGAGCCGGCUCCGUCUGCGUUAGACGGUUCAAAUUGUCGAAGCAGCAGUAACUUAGAGCGAGUCUAGAAACGAAACUUGUUAGUGAAUAGGAAGAGAUACUUCUGAGCCGUGAAGGUCACAGUUAGAUCAGCUUGCGGAAGAGCUUUGAACGAUAGAUAGAUGUACAGUUUCUGCAUGUCCACAAUCAGGUUGUGAAUACAGAUUCAUCGAUCUUCGGAGCUGGAAUGAUCCUUGAGACGAAAUUUUUGUCCGGAAGAGUCGGUGUGAGAGUUUCCGGAGAGGUUCUUGUACAUAGGAGCGGCUACUUCAUUACCCGGAGACAAUUAUUUUUGGUCAUAGAUUGAAGCCUCGAGAUCUAUCUGGCUUUGAAUCUUACGGAUUUCUGAUGUCGAUCCUCAAAAUUCCAGGGGCAUAUUAUAAUAAAACUCAACAUUUGUACGUGC